UCUGCUGUCCUCUGACCACUCCUCUCCUCUCCGCGGACACGGCAAGCUUCCUUCCCAAAAUCCCCAAAUCGAAGCCGAGGAAACUCUCUCCCGCACGGCCGAACAACCCCCCAUCCCCGCCGAGAGCCGCCGCCCGCCCGCUCUCCCCCUAGGUUUCGGUUCGCCCGCUAGCCGAGGCCGCGGGGCGGAUUGGAAUUGGAUCGCCGGCGAUGGACUGGAGCGCGGUGACGGCGGAGGACCUGGUGGCCGCGCUGCGGGAGGUGGACUGGUCCACGCCGCCGCGCCCCGUCCCGGAGUUCUUCUCCCGCUUCACCGUCCCCCGCUCCUACUCCAAGUGGACCAGCCGCCUCAAGUGCAACCUCUACUACUACAGGACAAACUACUUCAUCUUGAUCAUGUUCAUUCUUGGGCUGGGCUUCCUUUGGAAGCCAGUUGCUAUUCUUGCAGCCUUUAUGACCGGAUUCAGCAUUGCAUUUCUUAAUGACAGCUUUGCUGUCACUUUCAAUGAGAAAGUCACAAGAACUGUAAGACAGUUUUCACCACAUUUAGCUGCAAAGAUGAGACCACCGAUAACCCCUGUUAUUCGUGGCCGACCAAGCUCGAAAAGAUCAAUUCAUAUUUGUGGUCGGCCUCGCUGGUUGUUUGUUCUUUUAUUUUCGGCAGUUAGCUGCAUGCUCUGGUUGACCUCAUGCAGUCUCCUCACAGUUCUAUGGGCACUUCUCAUUGCUCUACUUACAACGGUACUUCAUGCCAGCUUCAGAACACCUAAUUUGAAAGCACGUCUGAAUACGUUCAGAGAGGAAUUCCGAGCAGUUUGGCGGAAUUAUAGUGAGCUCUAGAGCUCCCUCGGUUGCAAGGUGAUAAGAUGUGCUCAGUGCUGAAGCUUCCGUGCUGUCUGUGCAUUGUGUCUGUGGGAGAUGAACAAAGGUGAUACGCAGUUGUGAUUACUGGCUCAUUUGGAGGUGGACCAGGGCUGACUCUGUAGGUGAUGCGACGCCUUGGUCCACAGUCCUCUGAAUCACAGUAGUUGUUCCUUUGGGCUUCUCCCUAACCAAAGCUUUGGAGGAAGAACAGCAUGUAAAGGAUGUAAACAAAGUAUUCUGAUCUAGACAAAAGCAUAUGUUGUUUGUUGA